AAACAAAAUUAAUUAGCAGUCUAAUCAAUGGAAGUGAAAGGCGAAUAUAUAAGCUUGCGAUCAGGCGAAUAUAUAAGCUUGCGAUCAGCACGUGGAUUCAGAUUCUUGGUUGCUUUUGAGAUGACAAAAUACGGCUGUUUUUUUAUAUACAUAUAGUGUACCUAUAUCUUAACAAUCUUAACAAAGUAAAAGUUUGUAAAUUUCUUUUGUUUGCAAGAUGUUUACCAUAAUUUUUUCUUUUGGACUUAUAACGACACAGGUUACAGCGAAACUACCUUCCUACCUUCACGCCUGUAGCCACAAGGACACCAACUACAAUCAAUGCAUUGCAAACAGCAUCGAUAGUGUAAAAGAUAAAGUUUGCGCAGGAUUUCCAGAAAUAAACAUUCCACCAGGCGAGCCAUUAACUAUCGACAAAAUAGUUAUUUUUGACGCAAAUAAUAUUAAAUUGUAUCUCAAAGAUGCGAAAAUAUAUGGUUUAUGUGAUUUCGUCGUAAAUUCGGUUAAUGCAGAUUUUGAAAAGCUCCACUUCGAUAUUGAUUUGUCAUUACGACAUAUUUAUACAAAUGUCACGUAUGAUUUUGAUAUACAUCUGUUGGUGCCCAUUGGUCAUAAGGGGCCAGCUGAAGUUACUUCAGAUAACUUGGGAUUGAAAGUUGGCCUGGACUUAAAAGUGUUAACCAGAAACGACAAAAAAUAUAUAUUUGCGUCGAAAGCAACCGCCAAAUGUGACAUCAAAUCAUUCAAAUAUAAAUUCAUUGAGGACAAAAAAGAAUUAGCUGAUUUGCAUAAAAUUCUCGACGAUGUCGUAGCCAAAGAUACAAAGGAAGUUAUUAAAGCUGUUUCAGCAGCAUUUGAAGAGAAACUCUCCAGAUUCGUUAUAUCAAUGUUCAAUGAUAUAGCCUUCUCUCGUUACGAGGAACUAUUUUCGCCAGAGAUAUGAAUUGUUUGAGACUUUGAGAUUUAUUGGGCUACAUUAGGUUACGCAUACAACUUAUUUGCAUAUUUUACUUAAUUGUUUAAUAAUUUUUUAUUAAACAACAAA